AUAUAUGUAUCUGUUCCCAUCACGGGAUACCUGGCGCUUGGAUCGGCACCUUCCGAUCCUAAUCCAUGCGGGGGCCAUGCCUUAAGCCGCACUAUAUAUUCAUUUAGAAAUUGGAAGCUCCAGUCACUUGCUUAGUUCAUAGUUAAUUACCUACUUACUUCGUUUUCAAAGUCAGCAAAGAUGUGCACUUUGGGCUCCCAACCUCCUUUUAUAAACCUUUCUUCACUCUAGUGGGGAACAAAUAAUUGCAGUUUUGACUCCAUAGUAAAAUAAUACAAUUUUUUCUUCUAUUUAUAGGUGGAAGCAAAGGACUUGAUCAAGAAUUCCUAUCCUCGGUUUUGUUUGCUUCAGAGAAGAGAAUACGCUGUAAUGAAGAAUAGCUCCAUGUCGCAUCCAUUCGAUAGUACCCCGAAAACUCUACAGCGUGAAAGAGAUCAGGCCGGGGCCAGUGGUUCCAGAGAUAAGGGAGAUGUGAAGUCUUAUAAUCUAAAGAAGAACAAGGAGGCGGUGUCUAAGAAGCCAGAGAGCAAGCCGCCCCAAGACAUUGAUGAAAGUGCUGAGGCUUUCAUCAAGAAGUUCCGGCACCAGCUCUUGAUCCAAAGGCUCGAAUCCAUUGAGAAUUACGAGCAAAUGCUGGCAAGGGGGCUGUGAAAUACCCUGUUUCGAUCGAUCUCCGUGCCACUGUAUUAAUGGAGUUUGUGUAUCGUUUUUCAUUUGUUGCUGAUUCUUUCUACUCUUUUAAUGGAUAUGCAUGUUUUAGAGUGGAUUCAGCAUAUAUAAAGAUGAAGUUUUUGGGCAUUCAA